AUGGGUUUAGAGCAGAAAUUAAUUAUUGGAUUUAAUGCCACAUUUGUUCACCCAGGAAGAUUCUAUCUUGGUGGGUUUUCUGACAUGGCUCAUGAUAAUUAUUACUAUGUCUUCCUGUGUUUUGUCUACAUAUUUACUGUUGUAGGAAAUGUUUUGCUCAUUUUAAUUAUUUUUCUGAUAAAGACUCUUCAUACUCCGAAAUACUUGAUUGUGUUCAACAUGGCUUUGACAGAUUUGUGUGGGAGCACAGCUCUCAUCCCAAAACUAUUAGACACAUUUCUGUUUGACAGAAGAUGCAUUCUCUAUGAAGCUUGCUUAAGUUAUAUGUUCUUUGUUUUGUUCUUUGCAAGUAUUCAGUCAUGGACACUUGUCAUUAUGGCAUAUGACAGAUUUAUAGCCAUUUGUUUCCCUUUAAGGUACCAUAGUAUUGUGACUAAAACAUCUAUUGCUGCAAUGCUAGCCUUUGAAUGGGUGCUUAUAACAACCAUUGUGGCAUCUACUGUUGGGCUUAUUGAUCACCUUUCCUUCUGUGGAUCUUUUGUGGUGAAAAGCUUUUUCUGUGAUCAUGGACCUGUGUUUUAUCUGGCAUGCAAUGAUACAUCUUUAAACCGCAUAAUGGCAUAUGUUGCUUUAGUUAGUUUCAUCUGUAUUCCUCUAAUAUUAAUAGCGUUUACUUAUUCUUAUGUUUGCAUUUCCAUAGCACUGAGCAGAAUCGCGUCAGGAGAGGAACGACUCAAAGCACUGAAAACCUGUACUUCUCAUGUGAUUCUAGUUGCUGUUUUCUUUUUGCCAUUGGUGGGAACAAACAUAGCUGCAGUGGCCUCCUAUAUUCAUCCUAAUGCCAGGAUCAUAAACUCAACUUUGACAUACACCAUACCAGCUUUGCUUAAUCCUAUUAUAUAUGCUUUAAAGACAGAAGAAGUGAUGAAUGCCGUCAACAAGCUUUGGAAAAAAAAAACUUUUAUAAACACAGCAUAA